AUGCUGGCAAACCAAACCCUCUCAAAAGCACGACUGCUAGGGAAACAUCGCUGGCCCAAGGCAUACCAUUGCAGAACCAUUACGCAUGAUCUGCGGCCUCUCCAACAAUUCGAUGUGCGAAAGAAGGUCAUAACGGUUACUGGAGGUGCAAGGGGUCUGGGCCUUGAGAUGGCGAAACAACUAUCCGAGGCUGGUGCACACGUCUACUGUUUGGAUCGACUAGAUAGUUCCGACACCGAAGCUCCAUUCACUGAGUACCAGCAGAGUCCCUUCCGUGGCUCGCUGCACUACAUAAAGGUUGAUGUGGUGGAUGCUCAGAGUGUGAAUAAAACCAUUUCUUCGAUUGCCGAGCACCACGGGCGUCUAGACGGCUUGGUGGCUGCAGCGGGAAUUACUCGAACAGAAGCAGCCCUCAAACUUUCGCAAGAAGACCUGGAAACCGUCAUGAACGUCAACUUUUUUGGCGCAUUCAAUAGCGCUACAGCAACGGCCCGACAAAUGCUCAAAUUCAAGACACCAGGAUCCAUUCUGUUGGUAGCUAGUAUGAGUGGUUUGAUUGCAAACAAGGGCAUCUUUUCACCGAUCUACAACGCAUCCAAGGCUGCAGUUAUCCAACUGGGGAGAAACCUGGCUCAGGAAUGGGGGCCUGUGGAUGCUGAAGGAAGGGGCGGCAUACGUGUCAAUAGCUUGUGUCCAGGCCACAUACACACGCCCAUGGCGAAGAAGGCAAUGCAGGAUAAUCCCCGCGCGAAAGAAGUAUGGGAGCAAGAGAAUAUGCUAGGAAGAAUCUCCGAGCCACACGAGUUCCGGGGUGCCGCACUUUUUCUCAUGAGUGAUGCAAGCAGCUUUAUGACAGGGAGCACCGUUGUUGUUGAUGGCGGGCACACGGCCUGGUGA